GGGAAAGCAACCCUCCCCCUGGUGCCUGCCUGGAGACGGCUCUAAGAAAUCUUGGGCAGGAUAACUUCGCUCUCUGGGGGUCUGGACUGACUGGCUUUCAGGUCUCCCCCUGCCCAGCCCCACCCCCUGCCCAAGCUCACCGGGGUUUGGACAGGUCCGCAGGUGUGAGACAAGUUCCUGCUAGUGCUCAUCGCCGGAAAAACUGCUAUUAGAACUUCGCUGGCGUGGACGCUGGUAUUUCUCUGUUGAGAAAUAUGAGAUUCACAAUGACAUCCUUUCAAGAAGUCCCAUUGCAGACUUCCAACUUUGCCCAUGUCAUCUUUCAAAAUGUGGCUAAAAGUUAUCUUCCCAAUGCACACUUGGAAUGCCAUUACACCUUAACUCCAUAUAUCCAUCCACAUCCCAAAGACUGGGUUGGUAUCUUCAAGGUUGGAUGGAGCACUGCUCGUGAUUAUUACACAUUUUUAUGGUCUCCUAUGCCUGAACACUAUGUGGAAGGAUCAACAGUCAAUUGUGUACUAGCAUUUCAAGGAUAUUACCUUCCAAAUGAUGAUGGAGAAUUUUAUCAGUUCUGUUACGUCACCCAUAAGGGUGAAAUUCGUGGAGCAAGUACUCCUUUCCAGUUUCGAGCUGCCUCUCCAGUUGAAGAGCUGCUCACUAUGGAAGAUGAAGGCAAUUCUGAUAUGUUGGUGGUGACCACAAAAGCUGGCCUUCUUGAGCUGAAAAUUGAGAAGAUCAUGAAAGAAAAAGAAGAAUUGGUAAAGUUGAUUGCUGUUCUUGAAAAAGAAACAGCACAGCUUCGAGAACAAGUUGGAAGAAUGGAGAGAGAACUGAGCCAUGAAAAAGGGCGAUGUGAGCAGCUGCAGGCUGAGCAGAAGGACCUUCUUGAAGUCUCACAAAGUUUGAGAAUGGAAAAUGAAGAGUUUAGGAAGAGAUACAGUGAAGCUACAUCUAAAGCUCACCAACUUGAAGAAGAUAUUGUGUCAGUGACACAUAAAGCAAUUGAGAAAGAAACGGAGCUGGACAGUUUGAAGGAUAAACUCAGGAAGGCACAGCAUGAAAGAGAACAACUUGAAUGUCAGCUGAAGACAGAAAGGGAUGAGAAGGAGCUUUAUAAGGUACAUUUGAAGAAUACAGAAAUAGAAAAUACCAAGCUUAUGUCAGAGGUACAGACUUUAAAGAAUUUAGAUGGAAACAAAGAAAGCAUGAUUACCCAGUUCAAAGAAGAGAUUGACAAACUGCAGUCAUGUUUGGUUGAAAAGGAAAAUUUGUCCAGGGCUCUCCUGCUUACAGCCUCAACUAAAGAAGAUACGAUACUUUUAAAGGAGAAACUUCGUAAAGCAGAGGAACAAGUUCAGGCAACACGGCAAGAAGCUAUCUUUCUGGCCAAAGAACUGAGUGAUGCUGUGAAUGUGCGAGAUAAGACAAUGGCAGACCUCCAUACUGUGCGCGUAGAGAACGAGAGAGUGAGAAAGCAGCUGGCAGAGCUGCAGUUAACUGCUGCCAGAAAAGAGCAGGAAAAGAGUGAUACACUGGAACAUGAACUGAGAAGAGAAGUCGAAGAUCUGAAACUCAGACUGCAAAUGGCUGCAGAUCAUUACAAAGAAAAGUUUAAGGAGUGCCAGAGGCUCCAAAAACAAAUAAAUAAACUUUCAGACCAGCCAGCCAGUACUAACAGUGUCUUCACAAAGAGAAUUGGGAAUCAGCAGAAAGUGAAUGAUGCUUCAAUAAACACAGACCCGGCUGCUUCUGCUUCUGCCAUGGAUGUAAGGCCAGCAGUGUCUUCUGCAGAGACAGAUUUUGACAUGUUAACAAAGGAUCAUGUCUGUGAAAUGACCAAAGAAAUUGCUGAGAAAACAGAAAAGUAUAAUAAAUGUAAACAACUCUUGCAGGAUGAGAAAACCAAAUGCAGUAAAUAUGCUGAUGAACUUGCAAAAAUGGAGCUGAAGUGGAAAGAACAAGUCAAAGUUGCUGAAAAUGUGAAACUUGAACUAGCUGAAGUAGAGGACCGUUACAAACUACAGUUGGCAGAGAAAGACAGAGAAAUAAAUGAUCUGGCUUCCCAUUUGGAAACUCUCUCAAGAGAGAAGGAACUUAAAAGGAGUUUGGAAGAUCAGAAAGGAAGGAAAAUGGAAGGUCAGAACCCCCAACAGGUCUCAAGGUGUCUCAACACAUGCUCUGAGCAAAAUGGGCUCCUUCCUACACUGCCAAAUGCGCAGCCAGUUCUGCAGUAUGGUAAUCCGUACACAGCACAGGAAACACGAGAUGGAGCAGAUGGUGCUUUUUAUCCAGAUGAAAUCCAAAGGCCACCUGGGCGAGUCCCAUCUUGGGAAGACAAUGUUGUCUGCAGCCAGCCUGCCCGGAACCUUAGCCGGCCCGAUGGUUUAGAAGACCCCGAGGACAGCAGAGAAGAUGACAAUGGGCUGGCCCCUCCUGAUCCAGCCAAUCAGCAUGUACGUGGUCAUGGCGCAGGCUUUUGCUUUGAUUCCAGCUUUGAUGUUCACAAGAAGUGUCCCCUCUGUGAACUGAUGUUCCCUCCCAACUACGAUCAGAGCAAAUUUGAAGAACACGUUGAAAGUCACUGGAAGGUGUGUCCGAUGUGCAGCGAGCAGUUCCCUCCUGACUACGACCAGCAGGGCUUUGAAAGGCAUGUUCAGACCCAUUUUGAUCAGAAUGUUCUAAACUUCGACUAGCUUUUAUUAGGAGUUAGUACAAUUUAGCAGUUUAAAAAAAAACAAACCCUCAAAUAGAGACUAAGGAGACUUCAAGGUAUCACUUCCUGUCCCCUCCUCUACACUCUUUUGAUUGAGAACUACUUUGGAGUGUGGUGUCGCAAGGGCCAGGGUACAGCUUUGACUACAAUAAAUACAGUUUUAAUCUCUGUUAAUCUUGUCUGCUUUAAGAAAAGUUCUUAUGUGUUUAUAUCUCUAUUUGUCCUCCAGUUAGAAAAGGUAUAUGAAGGACACAGGAAUUAUUUUAAUGUUACUGAACUGAAAAUAUAAAUGUGUGAUAGUUGUAGAUUAUUUAGCAUAAUCAGAAGAUUUACAAAUUUCUGUUGAUCGUUGUGAUUGAGCAUGACUACUAUUAUGUAAUAAAAAGCAUCUAUCAUAACAGUUCUGUGAAAUAAUUCUUUGAAUAAGAAAAACCCAUAAUUUAGUCAAUGAUAAAUCCUAUGUAGAUUUGGAGCUGCAUGUAGAAAUGAGAUCACAGGCUUGAAGAUACCCUUAUUUAAUAUGAGAAACACUGGCUCUAGGAAUUAAUAUAAGGUAUAUUUUGCUAAUUUUGAGAUAAAAAUUUUAGGUUAAUCUGGAUGAUUAUUUUUAAACUAUUAAAUUUGUAUUUAUAAGUAGUGAGAGAAUGGACCAAGAUAAGCCAGGUAUCAUCUCUUCUCAUUAAAUGACCUUGUCAGUGGUUUGUGGCAUAAAAUGACAGACUGUGUAUCAGUGUCUUUCUCACAUUUUUCUGAUGAGAAUGCAAAUUGGAAAUAACAUUCCUCAGUAAGUGAUUAAAUAGAAUUUACAACCCAAA